UCUUUGAUGGAGGGUAGUGGGGAUACUUAAUCCUCUUAUUAGUCCGUUCUUGAGAUAACUAUUAGUUAUUAAGAUUCUGCUCUGCUUGUUUGAAAUGCUGUAACUUUCUCUAUAUGACGUUUUUUUGGCACUCAGUGUUUGGUGUUCCGAUUGAGAUCAUUGUCCAGCGGCAGGAGUCAAGCAGGCCUAUACCACUGAUACUGAUUAAAUGCGCAGAUUAUCUCAUAUUAACAGGUAAUAAUGUUUGGACCAAUGGAUCACAAACCUUUUAUUGCUCUUACCUUCUCAUAUCGAGUUAUCAAUGUGAUAUUUUCCUCUUACCAGGGCUUAAUUCACCGAACUUGUUCAAAGCCGAAGGAGAUAAAAAGUUGAUUCAACAAUUGGUUUCUGCUUACAAUCAAGAUCCUAGUGCGUCAAUACCUGAGGGUGUGAAUCCAGUUGAUGUCGCUGCACUCAUGAAAUACUAUCUUGCCACCCUUCCGACACCCUUCCAGGCACCAUAGGAGCUGCAGUCCAACCAGCAGGACACACCAUUGGAACCACACCAACCUCUCCUCUAUCUAACACCGCCUCAAAUCAUUCAACUUGAUUUUAGUUUCCUUUUGUCUGUGUAUGUGAACUUAUUAGGAUAUGUUAUGCUUUGAUUAGGAUAGUUUUUGAAUGGUUUGGAAUGGUACUUGAUUGAUAUUUGAAUGGUUUUUGAAUGCAUUUGCUUUUGAAA